UUCUUUUCUCUCUCUCUCAGAUUUUGCAGAAGAAGAAUGGCGGAAGAACAACUUUACCAGCAGAUGUACCAGCUCGGAGAUGUGCUCAACGAAGCCACUGAUAGCUUGAUUUUUCAGGGUCUCAUCCAUGAAGGACAUGUUCAACUCCUACAUGCUGCUGGAAUAUCUAGCUUCACUUUGCUCAUAACCCAUAUGAGGGAGAAUGAUGGAGUGGAUGGCUUAGCUUCAGCCACACUGAACAUCAUAGUUGAAGAAGCAUACCGCAUUAGGGAUUUGAGAACCGCUGAAAAGAACCUCCAGACUACUGCCUCCAACAUUGGGAAAAAGGAUCAAAUGCACAGUUUGAACAAAAACAAGAAGAGAAUUCAGGAGCUGACUACCGCUCUCGCCUUGCGUCCAAAAACUGAUGCCAACGCUGGUCAGAGAGCGCACUGGAAGAGGGAGAAAGAGGCUUGUGAAACACGUGUAGCUAACAUGGAGCAGAACAACUGACCAACCCCCACGUAUGCAUUUCUAAAAAGACUAUACGAUGCAUCUCUAGACUUUUAAGAAAAAUUCCUUCUAUGCAAAAUGUUGACAAUGUUUUAGCUUUGUGAUCGUACGGUUCCAACAAGGUAUUUGCAUUGUGGGUUGUGGCUUGGAACCAUUCCCACUUGUGAAUCCAUUUACAAGGAUUUAGACAUGAACCAUAAA